ACUGAAUCCCUAGCAUUGUCAGCGGCCCUAGUUUCUCUAAGUUUUCCGGAGAAGUUAGCAGCGCUAGGGUUUCUGUCCUUCGAUUGGAGGAGGAUCUCUGGCGAUCGAGCUGCAUCUUCGACGCAAGGUGUCGUCUUACCGCAUCCCCGCCGACCGCCAUAGUAGCUUCUAGGAACGGGCGUCUUCUUCCUCUUCUUCUUCUCACAAUUGUGAUAAAAUUAAGGUGGGCUUUUUGAGUGAUGGACAUAGAACAUCGAUCACGCACUGAGGUAGUGCUGCUGCUAUAGCGGAUCGAGUUAGCGUCCGAAGCUGGGGCAUCACCAAGUGUACUUGAACGUCGGAUCUGCAGGGGCUUCUUCCCCGUGAUCCUUUUAAUCUUGAUUCUAUGGGAACGCCAGAAACAUCUCGGGAACCGUGCCCUGAUCGUAUACUUGACGACAUUGGCGGUGCUUUUGGGAUGGGAGCCGUUGGCGGAUCGGCCUUCCACUUCCUUAAAGGCGUGUACAACUCACCGAAGGGUGAGCGACUGCUUGGAGGCACUCAAGCCGUUCGGAUGAAUGCUCCACGAGUGGGCGGGAGCUUCGCUGUGUGGGGAGGACUCUUCUCGGCCUUUGACUGCACAAUGGUCUAUGUCCGACAGAAGGAAGAUCCUUGGAACUCAAUCAUUGCUGGUGCUGCCACUGGUGGUUUCCUUCAGAUGCGCCAAGGCCUCGGUGCUGCCUCCCGAUCUGCCGUCUUUGGUGGUGUCUUGCUUGCUCUAAUUGAAGGUGCUGGAAUCAUGCUUAAUAAGGUCCUCAGUGCGCCUCAGAACAUGCCUAUCAUGAUCGAAGAGCCUACCCCUGGAGCUGUGGUUGGACCUGGAUUUCAGAUGCCGGGAGGGGCCCAACCGGCUCCUAGGCCGCUGCCUGUGACCUCAACAGCUGAAUCAUCAAUGCCAUCGUCGUCAUCUUCAUCCUCUUCAUGGUUUGGAGGAUGGUUUGGUGGUGAGAAGAAGCAAGAGAGUGGUGGAGGAAGCAAGACAGAGGUUUUGGAAAGCUUUGAUUCGCCACCGAUUCCAACUUUUGAGUACAAGUGAAUUGGAGUUUUUGCUGCAGUAAGGAGGGUAAUUGAUUUCCAAUUCAUGUUAGAGCUAUCAAAAUAUGAACCCCAUCCUUUGGUGUUUAGUCUUUUUCUCUUUUUACAAUUUGCAACAGGCAAGCAUAGUGUUAGCAUUGUAUAAUAAUGGUUUUUGAAUCCUAUGUAUUUAUUAUCAUGAGAGAAAUCAUCAGCGGCUAAGCAUCUUUUUU